CAAUCCAAACGCAUAAUAAUWAUUAUAACUUUAAAACCGCUUAAAAAAUUAUUGUUGUGUGUAUAUUUUUUUUUACUUCAACACUAUGGGUUUUCAAGAACACCUAGAAGGAAAAAGAGUUUCAUCCUUCACAAUUUCUCAAAAUGGAAAUACCGUUUUUGAAAAGACUUAUAGCAAAAGAAAUAUUUCCAUCAGCAUAUUUACAGUAAUUGCUUUGCUCCUCGCAGCAAUUUUCAUUUAUCAUUCUUAUUUUGGGCAACAGUUUUCGGUCUGUAACACAAAGUCAUGUUUGCAAUCUUCCGUAUCAUUAAUAAACUGUAUGAAUGAAACUGUCGAUCCAUGCGAAGAUUUUUACGAAUUUGCAUGUGGUAUGUUUGAAACCAACUAUCCUUACUAUUCAGAUACAAAUGAAAAUAGCUGGAUAACAAUAAUGUCCUUAAAAAUAAAACAUAGGGUGAAGAAAUUUCUCGAUAAAGAAAAUGAAAUUAACGAACCUAAUGCAGUUCACAAAACUAGAAAAUUUUACCAAGCUUGUUUAAAUUCUACUGAAGAUCAAGUUUCAAAAAAUUACGAUCCUUUAAGAGACGUUUGGGGAAAAGUUGGGCUCAAUACAGACUACCUAAAUGAUUCAGUCCCAUUAGAAAUUGAAACAAUUUUAGCAAGACUUAAAUUAUAUUUUAAUCUGGAUAUGUUUUUCGAAAUUAAUGUUGAUGAUGAUCCUAGGAAUUCAUCAUCACAUUCACUUUUAAUUAUUGAUCAAAUUUGGGAAUCAAAUAAAUACAAAAUAAGAAACAAAAUGAAAACAAAUAAAGUUGAUAUUGAUGACUCUUUACCAAAAUUUACUGAAUACUUUAAUUUUCUGGUUGACAAAUUAUUAAAUCGUGAUCAACCAUAUCUUAGGAAGCUUAAAGUUGAAGAUCUCACGAACACAACAAAUGAAUUAGUAGAAUUUGAAGACAAAUUUUCACAAGUUCAACGAAAUGCAUUUAGCUUUAAAAAUGAAAUACCCGAAGUAGUUACACUUGGAGAAUUUCAAAAUUUUACAGAUACAGUCGGAGAGAAAUUUAAGUUCAAUUGGACGUUAUAUCUGAAAGAAUUAACUCGUAAUAUACAACCAAAAGUGUAUGAAAUAUUGUUAUCGGGAAAUGCUAAUAGCUAUGAACUCUUAGUAAGCAACAGGGAUUAUUUAAAUGACGUAUUUAAAUUAUUAUCUCAAACACCUACAAUAAUAAUAAAAAUGUCAAUUCUAACUAAAUUAUUAACUAUUUUGGAUAGUCAUUUUCCAUCUGGAGAAAAAUUGAAUUCCAAAUAUUGUGUUUCGUUGACGAGUGAAAUUUUUGGAAUGGUCACCGGGUAUUCUAUGAUAGACACGUUAGACAACUCUUCUAAAGCUGCAUUAACCGAAAUGACUGAUAAUAUAAAAUGGGCUUUACGUAAAAUGGUGAACGAAGCGAGUUGGAUGGACAAUGAAACGAAAAAUGCUACUUUACAAAAACUAGCCAAUACGAAAACAUUUUUCGGAUAUCCAGACAAUUAUGACAAAAUAAUAAAUAAUUUACUUGAAAACUUGACAGUUACAGACAACCACAUAGAGAAUAUACUAUCGAUUUCGUUGUUUAGUAUGGCGAAUAAUUGGAAACAUUUAACAGAAGAUAGAAACUGGGAAAAUCAAACGUGGGAUGUAACUCCGGAUGAAGUUAAUGCGUACUGUUAUAAUUCAAUGAAUGCAUUUUUCAUGCCAGCGGCAAUAUUACAAGCUCCGUUAUUCAAAAAUGGCAUACAGGCACUAAAUUAUGGAGCCACGGGCAGUACUAUUGGACACGAACUAUCUCACAACUACGACAACACCGGCAGACUGUACAACGAGCUGGGAAACGUGGCGCAAUGGUGGUCGAACAGGAGCUAUGAAGAGUAUACGAAAAGAACGAGUUGCUUGAUAAGUCACUACAAUGACAUCGAAGUCGUCAGUCACAACAAGUCUGUACGUAUUAUUACCAUACAUUUUUGGAUUGGUCAUAAGCAUUAUUUUUCGAAAAAAUUGGAAUCAUUAAGUGAAGAACAAGGUGAACGUUUUCAUCAGGAAAUCAAGGAGGUGGAAAAACGAUAUAAACAUCAAUGGAAUGAUGGCCGAUUACUACUGGUGUUUAAGUGA